AAAAACAAUUAACGAGCUUCAAUGUGCCUCGUUGCUCGUUGUCCGCUUCGGGCAUAGACAAUAUCACAACAUAUGCAUUUCGCAGAAAUCAAAUUUCUUAGCGGAAUUUAGAAGGAUUUGUAAGCGAUGGCGAGCUCGUCGAGGGCGACAUGGAGGGGGGCCUUUCUUCCACUGAAGGAUUUGAAAGUGACUUCCUAUGAUGCGCUGCUGAUGGCUGCUCUGCAAGAUGUCGUUUCUCAAUCCAAGCUGCUGCUCUCUGCUGCUCUAGACUUGUCUUCUCAAGAGGUGGCUGGAGAUAUAAUGCUUCUGAUGGAUUUGGUUUCCAGAGAGGGUCUGUUUCCUGAAGAUGGUGAUUGGAGAAACACUAUUAGUUGUGUGUGUCAUCUGAUUCUUGGCUUGAGCAGCCGGUCACAACUUGAGUUUAAAGCAUCAUCUUUUAUUACUUUGGUCAACUUUCUUCAGAGGAUUGUGGAUAGAUCUUUCUAUGAAAUAGCUGGGAAAGAUAGAUUUGUUCAGAAAAACGAUAUUAGUUAUGGUUGCAGAAGUGAAAUGGUGGUGGAGGCAUUGCAAGUCCUUAUGCAUAUUACACAUGAAAAUGGAGGGAAUAUGUCUUUGCAGGAUGUUGAUUUGACUGUGAAUUUUAUUCUACAUCUCAUAUCUUGUCAUAAUCUUAAUACACCAUCCAUUUCAUGUAUGAGUGUUAAAACAACAAAUACUGCAAAAAACCGUUCUCAGAUCUUGGAUGAUGAAAAUGAGAUUCAUACCUUAGCUUUUGUUGCCUUGGGCAACAUUUUUGCUCGUGCUGGGUCUGCAGUGUCAAAAGACACAUGGAAAGCAACAGUUGAGGCCCUGAGGAAGGUAAUGGAUUUCACAGCAUCCAAGUCUGAGUUGGAAGAAGGCAAGGCUAUGUCCAGGUACUAUUCUGCCUUUCUUCAUUGCCUGCAGUUGGUGUUGUCCGACCCUAAAGACUCCCUUGCAGAGCAUGUCCCAGGAUUCGUGGCAGCAUUGCGGAUGUUUUUUACUUAUGGGUUGAUGAGUAAUCUUUCUGGACUUCCUCUUUGCAGUCAUAUUAAGAGCACAAGUGCUAAAAAUUUAAAUACAAGCACCACUAUAGAUGGGCUAGCUUUGAGAAAGAUUAGUUCUGGUCCAUAUCGACCACCUCAUUUGCAUGGUAGAACACGGCCGGCAACACAUCAAACAAAAACAGAUAAUCCAACCACUCCAUCUUUGCAGCCUGAAGGUUCUGGUAUUUUGACCUUUUCUUCAGAUUCAGAGCUUAGUGAUACAGAUGGAUCUUUAAGGGAUGGAGACCGCUUCAAAAGUUCAAAAGCCAGAACAGCUGCCAUUUUGAGCAUACAGGCUCUUUGUCGAGCUGAACCUAAAUCACUGCAUGCACAGUGGACUAUGCUUUUGCCCACGCACGAUGUCCUGCACCCUCGGCGUUAUCAGGCAACGUUGAUGACAUGUUUACUCUUUGACCCCAUUUUGAAGACACGGAUGGCAGCUGCUGCUACUCUAGCUGCAAUGUUGGAGGGUCCUUCUUCUGUUUUUCUUCAAGUAGCAGAGUAUAAAGAAACAACUAAACCAGGAUCAUUUACAACACUUUCUAGCUCGCUGGGUCAAAUUUUGAUUCAGCUUCUUACAGGUUUUCUGCACUUGGUUCUAAUUGAAUGUCAUUGUGGAAUGCUAAUGAUGAUUUUUAAGACACUUUCACUUUUGAUAUCUGCUACUCCGUUUAAUCGGCUGCCUGGUGAUCUUCUUCCUAAUAUUAUAGCUUCUGUGGGAAAGAGAGCAAGUGAACUCUUUGCAUCAUCAUUGGACCAAAGCAACAUAGUGGCCAUUUCAGUCAAUUGCUUGGGAGCAACGCUGAGUACAACUCCACCAUCCCAACAAGUAGAAGCAAUACUUGCAGCAGACUUGACAUCAGGGACAAAGGACAAUCAAACCUUGCUUUCCUACCUCUUUUUAUUUUCAGAAUCAGCAGCACAUCCAAGCGUCCGUUUUGAGGCAUUCCAGGCCCUUAGAGCAGCAAUACAUAAUUAUCCAUCGGUUAUGCCUGCAUGUUGGAAACAAAUUUCUUCAACUGUUUUGGGAGUGAUUGAAUCAUCAUAUAUUGAAAAUUCUGCUUAUACAUCAUCCAUGCUCUGCAAAGGAAGCUCUGAACAAAAUCCCAAACCAAUGGAUGACAAAACCAUUCUUGGUGCCAUAAAGGUAUUGGAUGAAUUGCUUCGUGUUGUCUCUGGUUUUAAAGGUGCAGAUGACUCAAUGGAUGAUGUAUCCUUUAAUUCCUCUUUUCCAUCAAUAUUGCCAAGACCAGCAAGAUCAUUGGCAACACAAUCCACAAGUAGAUAUAAAGGUAAAGAAGCAUGCCGUAAUGCUUCUGGAAAAGGAUCUGGUAGUAGUGAGUGGAAAGAAGCACUGGAGAGGCAUCUACCUCCAGCACUUGUACAUGUUACUCCAAUGGUUCGAGCGGCUGCUCUUACAUGUUUUGCUGGUUUAACAUCUUCUGUCUUCUUUGCUCUUCCUGAUAGCAAACAAACUUUCAUUAUUUCUUCCAUUGUAAGUGCAGCAGCAAAGGAUGAGGUACCUUCUGUCAGGUCAGCUGCAUGCCGGGCAAUUGGCGUGAUAGCAAGUUUUCCACAGAUUUCUACAAGUCAUACAAGAUUGGGAGAGCUUGUGAAUGUCAUUGUAUCUAAUACACAUGAUGUUUCAGUAUCAGUCAGAAUCACAGCAGCAUGGGCAUUGGCAAAUAUUUGUGAUUCAUUACGCCAUCAUUCAGAAAGUGUGGAUUCAGAUACAUGUUUAACCAUCGAUUCGUUGCCUAUAUCCCUGUUGACAGAAUGUGCAUUGCGACUUUCAAAGGAUGGUGAUAAGGUCAAGGCGAAUGCUGUGAGAGCAUUGGGUAACCUUGCAAGAUUUGUUAAAUUUGUUGAUGGGAGUCCUGUUGAUUCUCUUGGCAGUUCAUACAGCCUGUGGUCACAACCAUCUGAGUUCAGGUUGGAGACAAAGAAAGAAAUUAAACCGUCUAUAAUUUUACCAUCGUCAGAAAGAGUGGUGCAAGCAUUUAUUUCUUGUGUGACCACUGGAAAUGUCAAGGUUCAGUGGAAUGUGUGCCAUGCUUUGAGGAAUCUCUUUUUAAAUGAGUCUAUUAGCUUGCAAGACAUGGCAUGGGCACCGUCAGUUUAUAGCAUUCUUCUUCUUCUGCUUCGGGAUUCAUCUAAUUUUAAAAUACGCAUACAUGCAACAUCAGCAUUAUCUGUACCAUCAACACGCAAAGAAUAUGGGGAUUCUUUUGCUGAUAUUGCACAGACCUUGGGGCACACACUUGAAGCUCUAAAUAGCAAUUGUGACAUGGUACCUUCAAGCUAUAAGUAUAGGAGAACACUUGAAGAGCAGUUAACAUCAACCAUCCUUCGUAUUUUUAGUCUUGCUUUGCCAGAAGAUUAUAAAAGUCUACAUGAUUUUCUUGCCAAGAGGACAUCUUUUCUAGAAGAGUGGUUAAAGUCAAUCUGCACUGCAAUCCUGAAGUUUGAAGCUCAUGCUGAUUUUCAGUCAAGUGGAACAUCAAAAGAUUUACAUAGACAGAAGGGCAGAGAAUAUGAUGCCAUGAAUUAUACUGUUAGUGAUGAAGAAAUAUCAUUGAAGUACAAGCCUGCUGACAUUUGUACUGAUGCCGAAUCCACUGCUUCUAUCAAAGAAGAAUUGAUGCAAAAGAAAGCAAGCUUUUCAAGGGCAAUACGAGCAUUAAUAGGAAUGUAUCAAUGUGGUAAUCAUCCACAUGUUGUUUCAAAACUAGAGAAUUUGGCUUCUCAAAUUCGUUGAGGUAUCUCAAAGUCAAUCUUUGUGCUCCUGCUAUGGACAGUUUACUUGUGGAUAAUAGAAGGUAAAGAGAGCCACAAUUUCUCUAGAUUUAAAUUUUUGAAAGCCCUUUGUCAGGGGCAUGGUGGAGCUGUUGGAGUUGAGAAGCACAUGUUGCAUCCUUGGUUUAAGAGCAUGUCAAGGCAGUCUAUAUCCCACAGAAAAUUUUGAAAUGAAAAUGCAGAUAAUGGAAGCCAUAAUAUUGGGUGAGCUGACAAUGCUUCUUCAGCAACAAUCCAGGAUAUUCUGCUAUUGAUAUCUUUUCUGUUGCUGAAGAAAGGAGGAGAGAAGCACAUUCUCUGAGCUGUGUUAAUGACAAGUCAGGAAAUUAUUAUCCUGUCUUACCUAUGAGGAGUUAACUAGUGGGCGUUCUUAAACAUGUAUGAACAUGCAUUGUGCCCUUGGUUUAAAUUAUUGCAGACUUCUUCUGUAAUUUCAGUUUUGUCUGUAACUAACGUUUCUAUUAUUUUUUUGAUGAGCAGCUAGCUGGCUAGUUAUGAGUUGGUGUCUAAGGGGUCAGACCAUUUUAUGUUAUUUUAGUUUUACUCUGUUAACACAUAUAUGCAUUUAAAUUCAAUUUUGACAAAAAAUACAAUAGAUGUUUUUGAA